AUGACGUCAGUCAUCGCUUCUAUCAAAGACUUGAUCUGCUCGGUCUUUGAGGUCAUGUUCUCUACCAUCAAGACCGCAUUCGAUACCGUUUUCUCUAUCUUCCAUGCCCUUUUCACCUCUAUCGUCUCUGUUUUUGGCAUACUCUUGAACACCGCCAAAGACGCCGUGGGGGCGGUCGGUGGAGUUGGCAAGUUCAUUGCUAGCAACAUAUUCGUUCUUGCCUUUGUUGGUAUCGGAAUUUAUGGUUUCCUGAACUACAGAUCGCGUCAGGGUCGGCCAGUCAAGGUUGGAAACAAGAAGCUGAACUAG